GAGGAACGGCUUUGGAGGAUGAUUUAUGGCAAAAUGGCAGCUCCAGUCCAUCUACCUUUUUCAGCAAACCAGCUUUUCAGACUUACUUCAGUGGUGAGACCGGCAACCUUCAUUGUUCAAGCGUCAUCUAUUCUGAGUUCGCAAGUGAAAGAUCAAGUGGGAUGUCCUCAUCUUCAUCUGUUGUUGCCUCCAAAAUGAAAACAACAUUGGAUGUUGCUGAGUCAAAGGAAGUCUUCAGCUUGGCUAUUCCUUUGGAUUUGUCCAGUGCCACUACCUUACCAAUUUGCAUGCAAGCAGAAGCAGAAUCUUUGUGUAACUAUGUCGGAACUUUUAAACAUUUAAGAGAAAUCUAUCUCUACUGUCCUGAUGGGGAGUUAGAAAAUGCCAGACAGAUCUUCACCGAAGCUUUUCAGUUUCAUCUGCAGUGGAGUGUUGAUUUCUCACUGUUAGAGAAGGGUCGAGUAGGAGGGAGGAGAAAAUCACCAAUACAACUGGAGAUAUUGGAAGGGUGUUUGACUGACCAAAAGGUGGAUGUUCUUGUCAACACAACCAAUACCAAACUGGACUUAGAUUGUGGAUUUGUUUCCCAAACAAUGUUACGUGGAGCUGGACAAGGUAUCCAAAAAGAAUGCAAUGAUUACUACAAAGAUGGGAUCAACAUAGGUGAUAUAGCUUGGACCUCGGCUGAAAAUUUUUCUCAUGUAAAACGCAUAUUUCAUGUAGUUUUGCCUCACUGGAGACCCAUCGGCAAUUUUUCUCUGAUGGUCCUGGAGUUGCUGAUCACAAAGUGCCUGAUUAAAGCAGAUGAAAUGAAGAUGCACAGCAUAGCUUUCCCUGUACUUGGUACAGGAAACUUGAUGUACCCUCAACAGCUUGUAGCUAAAACCAUGUGUGACACUGUCAACAAGUAUGGCAGCAAUAGAAAAACCGAUAUCAAGACAGUAAAGUUUGCUAUUUUUGAAAGGGAUGUCUUUCAGGUAUUCAAGAUCUAUGAAGAGUUCAAUAGCUUUGGGCGCAGUGAAACAGUUGAAGACGAUCCUCCGUACAAUGUCAUUGAGGCCAGGAUUCCAACACCGGUGACAUCAGUUCAGAUACAGGUUCUGCCUUUCCAUGGAUGCUGGUGGAGAGUUGAUGCCCUGGUGGAAUUUGUGACAAUUAGACAGGCUCAACAAGUUGACCAGGUGGUUGCCCUGUACUCCUUCACAGCACAGAGCAACGACGAGCUGACAAUCCACAAGGGAUCUGUGAUUAACGUCAUCAAUAAGGACAAAGCCAACUGGUGGUUGGGGGAAUGUAACGGCCAGUCUGGCAUGUUUCCUUCCAACUAUGUUGAUGCCCUCACCACCUCACCCCCACAGGAACCUACAUAUCCACAGCAUCAGGAGUUACAUCAUAGCAGCUGCACCAAGGAAUGGAUCAUAAAGGGCUCGCAGUACUACCUUCAUAUCAGGAUCCUAUGUGAUACAGUUGACAAUAUUACAAAAGGAACCAAAGCAGCGUUGAAUAUCACUUCUUUGGAAGAGAGAAUCACAUCUUUGGGAUUUGUUGUGGAGCCCUUGCAGGACUCAUUUGCAAAGAAAGAACUGACAUGCAAGGACCAAGCAAACAUGAUCAAGAAAGCAGUUUUGGAAGUAAAAGACAAUAACAAGUACUUGCAGGAAAUCAAGAUACUUGUUAAGUCAACAGAGGACUUUGAUUGUUUUCUAGCGUGCAAGGAGACAAAAAUAGAAUCACAGGAACAUGGCUGGCUCGCAAAAUACAAGAGAAAUAUUUCUGCGACAGUAGGGGAUUCGUUUGGUGCCGAUACAAGCAAAUGCCCAUGGAAGAUUGUAAGAUACAUCAAGAAGUCUGAUUCUGGGUUUAAAGUGACAGUUGUUGCAGACAAGAGAGACAUCGCAAAUGUCAUGGAAAAAUUCCGGUCAGAAACUAAUAACCAGGAUGACACUAGGAGCCUUCGUGGCAACCAAACUUUCACUGGAGACGGUACAGUACAAGGUGCCACUGGUGGUCAUCAUGAUAACCAAACUCUCACUGAAGAAGGUAGAGUACAGGGUGCCACUAGGAGCCUUGGUGGCAACCAAACUUUCACUGGAGACGGUAUAGUACAGGGUGCCACUGGUGGCCAUCGUGGUAACCAAACUCUCACUGAAGAAGGUAUAGUACAGGGUGCCACUGGUGGCCAUCGUGGUAACCAAACUCUGACUGAAGAAGGUAGAGUACAGGGUGCCACUGGUGGCCAUCAUGGUAACCAAACUCCCACUGAAGAAAGUAGAUUACAGGGUGCCACUCGUGGCCAUCAUGAGUACCAAACUCCCACUGGAGAUGGUAAAGUACAGGGUACCACUGGUGGCUGUCAUGGUAACCAAACUUUUACUCGAGACAGUAGAAAACUUUGUGCUACUGAUAGCCAUCGUGUUAACCAUGAAAACACCAGAAAAAAAAGAGACAUGGACAAAACAGGAGUUCAUACCCAGGCUAGACACAGUCCAGUUCAGCAGCCUAUGCACCAAAAGGGCAAACAGCCACUUCCAGUUCAGGAAAAUGAUAGAGGAAUCAACUCUGUCUUUAUGGCUGACUACUGGCCAUCACUACCGACAUUUAGACAGCAGGAUGAGAGCGGUGGCAAGUCUCAAAAUGAAAAACUUCAACCUGGAUCUUCACAACAUCAAGCUACUGAAGAUUUCUCUGUGGAAUGGAUUUGCACAGCAGUAAAGGUGAAGAUAGAGAAACUGGAAGAUGAGGAAAAAGAGAAAAUGAGCUUCUAUCCAAAAGGGAAUAGCAACCUUAUACACUAUCUCUGUAAGCAUGAUUUAGCAAAUCUAGCUGCGGAACAGGGCUGGAAACUCAUUCUGGAAAACAGGGACCAAAAACUUGUUGCUAAACUUCUGAUUAAAAAAGAAGUCCCAAUUGAGAACUGUAGAGAUAAAGUCAGAGAGUUAAUUGUUAAAACUCUUCCCAACUUACAUGAAGAGAAAUGCUACCUUUCAUCUCUGAGCAACAAGGAACCUAGUGACAGAGACCAAGGUAACAAGGGUCCGCUACAACAAGCUCUUGCUUGUCUAGUUCCAUUGAUCAAAGCUGGUCAAAAUCAGGCUGACGUUCUGUAUGACAAGGAUUUGGAUUGUCUGAUCAUAACAGGCCCUACAGAAACUGUCAAACAGUUACACGUGGAGGCAAAGGUCAAGUUGUACAGUGUUACCAUGGAGACAGUUUUAGAGUCUCCAUCACAUGGAUGUUUGUUGAGGACAUUUAGGGUCAUUGAUAAACUGAGAGGUCAGUAUCCAGGUCUCACAGUGGUUGUACAGGAUUGCAACACAAAAAUAACAUGGACUGGAACUGAAGAGAACAUCAGAGGUGGUCGAGAAGAGAUGGAGAAGUUUGUUAGAGAAAUUAAAGCGAACACAUUCCAUGUUUCUACGGUGAUGAAGAAGCUGCUGUUGACACCAGAGGUAAAACACUACAUUGAUAAUGUACUACAUAGGGACGGUAUCACUUGUGUAUGGCAAGUUACUGAAACCAGACAAGUAGAGGUUUGGUCAAUGCAGGUUUCAUCUUCCAAGCGUGUUGGGCUCAAAAUUAGAGAAAAUUUCAAAGAAGAGGCCUUCUUGGUAAAGGACUUUCCAUUUAUUUUAGAAGUUUCAAAAGUAGGAUUUGGUCUCAGUACCUCAGAGAUGAACAAUUUUUCAGUGGAAGAGACCUCUGACACAGUCCACGUAGCUGCAAAGUCUGAUACCAUGCAAAAGAUUUACCAGUAUUUGCAAGAUUUGGAGGAUCACCAAACUCCUGGAAAACAAUCAUCAGUCAAUACAGAGGGAGAUAACUCCGAGAAGACAACAAGUGGCUGUACUAUAGAAGUACGAGGGAUGGACAAACUUACAUCAAACGACACUGUAGAACUCUACUUUGAAAGCAAAAGAGCAGUGGGUCGUCCAGUUGACAUUGAAAACUUUGAUGCAUCAAAAAGAGAAAAAGACGGUGUCAUCUUCAUCACAUAUGAAAAUGAGGAAGUGGUACACAAAGUUUGCCAGAAAACACACAAAUUGGAUGGGAAAACGCUCACUGUGCAGACUUACCAUGAAAUGCUGGGCCACAGGGUCAGCCAUACAGAACCAACCUUUAAGGUCCCUUGCCCCUUGGUUAUCAAGGAUGCUGACCAAAAUACAGUCCAGCACCUCAUGCCAUCUGACUUGACAAAACUGGAAAAACAGUUAAAUGACCAUCACGCAAAACUACAUUGGCCAGGAGACAUUCCCGGGCACCUGAAGCUGGAGUGCCUGUUAACAGAGGAUGUGGUGGACAGCAUUAGACUUGUCAUUUCCUGGGAGGAGGUGGUUCAAAAUAUUCUGAGCAAUUUUCUGGCUCAGGCACGGACAACAAAAGCUCAAGUUGCCGUGAGGUCUCCAGAUGUCGCAGGAUCAACAAAGGACUCUUUAGGAAAGGAGUCACUCAACCUUGACUGAGGUACACUUCAUUGACAAGGACACACAGAUGUGUGAACUGAUACAGAUGACCUUCACCAAAUGUUUGCUGGAAAGUAUGGGUCAAGUAGCUAUGGAACGGGCGCUGGAGGUAGAAACAAUUUCUCAUCGUCUCCGGGGAAUACUACCCAGGUUUGAUUGGUCAAUUAUGAAACUGCUAUAUCUUGUUGGCGCCUUUCUCCACAAAGUUUAUCUUUGGAUAUAACACUAACAUGCACAAGGCAAACAUUUUUCUCAUAUAUUGUUAGUAAGAAAAAUAUCAACUCCUGGUUUUCAACAAUUUUCUUCUUCAGUUUUGCCAGUCCAGUACAAACCAAACUUGGAACAGAAAAUAUUCUCCAAUGGGACCUUCUAUUAUGUCCGAUUUCUGUCCUGUUGAUAAUUUUCAAAGACAUUAAAAAUCCAAAAUGGCUGCCACAAGCUCUGAUUGGAUAUGAUAAUGAUUAGAGCCACAGAAAUAUAUCAACAUGAAGUUAUUGAAU